GCCAAGCUCGAGAGACGACCAGAGGAAAAGGACCAGCGAUGACCAAGCCCCGCGCCUUGAAGAGAACCGUGAAGAAAAAGGUCGCGCAGCCCGCGGAAGCAUACGACCGAGCCAUCGAGGAGCCCAUGACGACGAAGAUGGCGCCUCCGAUGACAGCGAGCCCCCGCCCUAAGGUCACCCCGCUGAUGGCGUCUGACGUCGUCCCGAUGUCUCCCCCCGCACCGACCAAGAUUUCCCGCGUCCAGUCGACGAACGUCGUCAAGAACAUGAUCCGCGUCUCGGUCUCAGAGAUCUGCUACCUGCGAAGUCCUCUUCCCGCGACGUCGAAUGGUGCCCAUCAUGCGCUACUUCAUCCUAGGCCUCUUCCCCGAGGACGUCUUCCGGAAGCGCGUCUACGCCGACAUGCACAUCCACUGCCUUGCGCCCGAGAAAGAUGGCGUCGAUACAGCGAUGCGAGACGCAUUGGCCUUGACGCUGUGGAUGGAAGAAGGCGCGUUCGAAGCUCUCGAGAAGGAGUAUCUGGAACAACUCGUCUUCUGCAUUUACGCGGUCGGGAAGGAUGCCAAGCCCGACAAGCUCCUCGAGAGCUAUUCGUUCAAGAUCCGAAAUACGCCGGAUGCAACGACGCUCACGACCAGCUUUCUGGGUCAUGAAGUUGUGAGCUCAGACCCCGAGAAGAUCAAGGACCAAGCGAUCCAGAUGAUUCGGUCGCUUGUGAGCAUCACGAACUCUCUCGACGCGCUUCCUGGGAACCGCUUGCUGACGAUGAAGCUUACGUACAACGAGACGUGCCCACGCGAUUGGCAGCCGAAGUACUUCAAGCAAGCAACGUCGGACUUGAGCGAAGAGUUCGUGAAGCCCUCUCUGAAGGUCGAUCUGGGACGGAUCAUGACGCCGUUCCACUUCGUUUCGAUGCGUCUGGAAGCGUCCGAAGACGCAUUUCAGGUCGCGGCGCAAGAGCUGCCUCAGGAAAGCUUAUCUCAAGCUCAAGCGCCAAUGUCGCCUGCCACUGAAGGAGGGCAUUCGUUCGGCGGCGGGAGCCCUCCGUCCAGCGUGAGCCCCGUUGCAGCCACACAGCCACCAUCACCGAUUGACGUGCCGACGCAACGAGCGACCCAGCCGAGCCAAGCGCUGGCGAAGGAAGACAUUAUGAAGUACUGCGUCCAGUUUGAGACCAUCGAGAUGUCAGAAAUCUUGACGAGAUUCGACCUUGCUCCAUCGCUCAUGAAAAAACGCGUGGACGAGCUCUGCGCAGAGAAGGUUCUUAUCCCGAAUCCCGACGCUGUGGACUCGUAUCGCGUCGGGGUUUACCAAGACCUGUCGUACUACCAGGCCAUUCAGUUUGCCCACGGAAAGCUUCGCCGCUACGUAUCCGUGCUUGCUCUUGCCAAGUUCUUCUCGUGGACGCUCCUCUUUUCCAAGGCCAUCAUCAUGCGUAUGCAUCACGAGCAUCUUGUCGACAUGUCGAAGCCGCCGUCGUUCAAUGGAUACCCCGUGCUCUACGACGAAUCGACACGGCACGUGAUUCAGGCCGCCAUUCAAUCACUGAACGAAGCCAAAAAUCGCCCGAAAAAGCGCGAUCGCUCGCCGGUGCAAGCCAGCAAGGGGCCGCACACGAGUUCUUCUGGCAAGCCGAUCUUGCAGACGAACCACGCCCCCAAGAAGCGCCGCAUGACAAUCCAGGCAAUCUCGAUGACACCCGUGUCGUUUCUUUAGCCGCCAAGCAGUUCCAACUACACAUUAUUUCGCGUAAUUUAAUUCAGGGUAAGCCUCUAUGAUGCGAGUCCCAUGCAUCCA